AGUACUUCAAUAUCUUCUCUCUGCGGAUCUAUAUGAGCUGUAGCCCCUCCUGUGAACACUCUAUUUUGAUGUAGCUGUGUUAGUGUCUCAAAUCUGACCGAAUCCAUGAUCACUUUCAAGGAUGGUUGGAACACUUAGCUUUGGAAUUGGACUUAGAGAUACCUCUCUCAUUAUUAUUUUCUAUACAGGCAUAUCGACUUUCCCCGUAGGCUACUUGAGUGCUUGGAAUCCUAAGACGGGAAUUCGACAACUAGCCCAGGCUAGAUUCUCCUUUGGCUGCACGGGCAUAUCGGUUGCUAUGGAUAGACAAACGAGCAAUCCUGCAGUCUGUAUCAUCAUUAUUGCAUUCCUAUACCUUCUUAUCUCAUUCUGUGGAUUCAAGAUUCUUCACCUUGGCAAGCAUCUGAAAGAACAGUUCGAAGUCCCUCCUCCCACCGCUCCAGUCGUUCUCUCUUUCAGGGGACUUGUGGCUAGUUUCAUGCUGCCAUGGGUUGCAUGGCUAAUGGUUUUUCCACGUAUCUGCAUCCGAAGGGGUCUGGCGUUUCUCACUGUUCUGUUGAUGACUCUUGGGGCUGUGAUUACGAAUUCAGUGAGCGGGAUCCUGGCUGCUAUGAUACAUCCUGCUGGAGGCUUUGUGCUAUUCGUUACUGUUAUCCUUGCUUUAAGUCUUGAAGAUUCCCCUCUGAACCCUAAGCUCCCAAAUGCUCCUCACCAUCUCUUCUGCAUUCCCCACACCAUCUUCUCCAUCAUCACCAUCAUUAUUAUUAUCACCACCUCCAUUGUCAUUGGCGUCGCCAUCUCAGCUGCAAACCCAUUCUUCAUCAAUCUCGAAAACUUCAUCGGAGUCAUCGCUACUGCAAAUUUCAAUUCUUACAUAGAAGAUGGACAUGCGUGGGAUGAUUCUAAGAAGCUUCCUCUGGGGUUUUCGGUUAUUGGGGAGGCGGGCAGCUCCUGGGAUGUCGCAUAUCUGAUUUAUAGGUCCGAUUGUAGAGAAGGCUGGGGAUGUGGGUUUGAGUCUUCGUUCAUAGUUUCGGCAUUGUUGAAUGCACAGUUGAGAUAUCUUGAGCGGAAGAUAUUUGGGAGGUAA